AUGUCGCUCGAAGAUGCAGUGAAAUAUGUUACUUUAUCGGGUGAUGAACUAGUUGACGAUGAUGACAGGGACAGCUGCAACUUGAGUGACGGGGAGAUCGACAACGAAGAGACUAAUUUCACCAACCCUGAGCCUGCUCUUGUAGACCUUCAUUGUAUGCUGACUGCAAGCCAAAUGCAGAAAAGAUCCAUGGAAAAGCAGCGAAAACUGCAAGCUCUUGUAGCACUGGGCAAGAGUCACACGGAUAACAAGACGUCCAUGGCUGUAUCCAAAACUCAAAGUACUCUUUUAAGUCAGGAUAAAAAUAAGACCGACGUGAAAGGAAUAUCUGUGGGUCUAGCUUUUGGUUCUGCAAUGGGAGGCGUAGCGGGAGCGGUUAUUGGAUCUAUAGCAGCAGCAACCUCUACCAGUGGCCAACCCUUUCCCACUGCCAGAUCUGGAGAAAUAAGCCCCGCAACAGCAUCUUCCAAACCAGGCGCCAAAGGUUUAGCUGAUGGUUCAGGGGAGAACAAGAGUGAAAAUAAUUCGGAUGAGCAAGAACGUUCAAGUAGUCCUGGUUUCGAUUCAGACGAUGAUGAUAUCGUUCAACCAGACGAAGAAGAUAAACCAAAGCCAACUUCAUCCAAGAAAAGGAAGAGAGGAAAGAUCAAAAAACGUUCUCCGUCAUGUGGUAUUCAAAUUCCUAUACCACGACUUGAGCCUCCUCCCCCUUCCACUCCAAGAGAGAAGCAUUUCAUGCAACUUGUUCUUCCUACCCCAAACUUGAUAGAACCUUCUUCUUCGGUUGCACCUAAAUCUUUCUUCCGUAGUUCUCCCGAAGGAACAUCUGCUACCCAACAGUAUGACGAAACUUCACCUCUGAAAGGACCCAACUCAAAUACUCCAAAAUACGAAAGACCUUCAGCUCUUAAUUUUUCGACCGUUGCCUUCAUUGACCAAGAGACGGCAUCUCCUAUAAAAGAAGAAAGUGUACGAUUAGAAAAUUUGCAUUCUUCUAGAAGUAGAAGCAGCCUAACUCAAAAUAAUGAUGCUCCUACAGAAACAAGCCCAAUUACUGACGUGUCUUCUCAACAAGCUUCAGCUCGUAAUCUCGCAACACAUAAUUUUCAAACUGGACUUAGCCCUACUUUCCCUAAGGAUGUAGUAGUUGAAACUAAAAAUAAUGAAACCUUCACUAGGGUUGCCAAAUCUGGAGAAUUGUUAUCGGUUUCGGAACAGGAUGCUACAAUGAUGUCCAAUGCAUCAGAUUUAAAAGCAGAAGCGUCUAAGAAAAUCGCUGCAGUUCUUAGCAAGAGGAUUAAAGUUCCGGGAAAGAAGAAGCGCAAACGAAGCGAUGGUCGGCGAAAAUCAAAGUCUGAAAAUAGAGCUCGCAAAGCUCUCAGGACCAUUUCUUUUAUCCUAGGUGCAUUUGUAGCAUGUUGGACUCCAUAUCACAUAGUCGCUUUAUCCAAUCAAUCCAUUUUGCUACGCAAUGGCUAA